AUGGGGAGGCGAUUUUUGUCGGAUCAACAACAACAGGAGCAACAAACGGACAGCUUUCCUGAUGGUAUUCUGCCGACAAGUAGUCGUUAUCUUCAGCAACCGGGAGCACCUGGUCCACCAAAUUUUGCUGCCCAAUCUAAUGUUGUGGUAUCACCGGUGAUCGCAAGUGCAACCGAUGAACCUGAAGGUAUCGAUUGCUCUCCAUGUUGUGAUAACAAUAAUUUUAGGCGGGUGUUUAAAACUGUAGUUUUGGGACAGAUAUUGUCGUUUUGCCUAUGUGGAACUGCUGUGAGCAGUCAACUGUUGAGUGAACGUGGUGUCAAUACUCCGACUGCUCAAAGUUUCUUAAACUAUUUUUUCCUCUGCUCUGCUUACGGUACAAUAAUGGUUUGCCGUAAAGGAGAGGAUUCUUUGUUUCCUGUCUUAAAAGAAAGAGGAUGGAAGUAUUUUUUGUUGUCACUUAUCGAUGUUGAAGCUAAUUACAUGAUUGUUUAUGCAUAUCAGUUUACUAACUUAACAAGUGUUCAGUUGUUAGAUUGUUCAACUAUUCCAGUGGUUUUAUUUUUAUCAUGGCUAUUUCUUUCUGUACGAUAUUUGUUGACACAUAUCAUUGGAGUGUUUGUAUGCCUUAUUGGUAUUGCUGUUCUCAUUUGGGCCGACGUAUUGGAGGGAAGAGGUUAUCCUGGAGGCGGCAACCGAGUCGUCGGUGAUAUUUUGUGCUUAGCUGGCUCGGUACUUUACGCAUUUGGAAAUGUUGGUGAAGAGUAUUUUAUAAAGCAGAAUAGUAGGAUUGAAUAUCUCGGAAUGAUCGGCUUAUUCGGAUCAAUAUUAUCUGGAAUUCAACUAGCUUUAUUUGAGCGUAAUGAACUGGCUAAACUCAAGUGGUCUGGAGUUAUCGUUUCUUUCUAUCUACUUUUUGCCCUUUCUAUGUUCUUGUUUUACUCGCUCGUUACAGUUGUAAUGCAACGAACCUCAGCACUUAUGUUUAACUUAUCCGUGCUUUCAUCUGACUUCUACUCCUUACUUUUCGGACUCUUUUUAUUCAAGAUAAAGUUUCAUGCGCUAUAUUUUGCGUCUUUCGCAGUUGUUAUUAUCGGUUCUGUAGUUUAUUCAUUGCGGGAAACUCGAGUGCGUGAUCCCGAUGAACCACGCAAACUAUGCCCUUGUUGUUUUUUGUGUUGUUGCUGUAGUGAUUGCUGCUUUGAACAGGAAGAUAAUGCGGAGAGCGGCUCAGCAAAUGUUUUACCAGCAUCUCCAACGACCGACGCUACCGUCCUUACAAGCUCUCCGGUUUCGCUCAAUGCAAGAAACGAUGCCGUCCGGUACUGCCCUAUACAUGGCCAAUCUACCUCAUCACUUAACUACAGUUACGAAACCAGAACUUGA